UGAAAGUGACUGGCGGACAGGCUGUACUCUACUUUUCAUUUUGCAGUUUACAAUGCGGGAAUCUAUACUUUGCCCUCUCAGCUGACAGCAUGGAGGAUACACAGAUAGUUGAACAGCUAUACUGACGCAUACAUUAACCGACCGGUAUUUAAAUCUGCUACUGCAGGUCAACUUUACUGUGGAGAUUCAACCCAAACCAAAGUAGUGUCAUACUGAGGUUGCCUGCGAAUUGAACGUCAACCAUGGUUCAGGAAUACCAGUCCCCUGUUCGGGUCUACAAGCAUCCAUUUGAGUUAAUCAUGGCGGCCUACGUAAGGAGAUUCCCAAAGUGCCCACUGAUCCCGGUGUUUGUAGACAGUGAGAUCAUCAGUGAAAACCAAAGUGGGGAUGGAUCCACGCUGGUAACUGAGAGGCGCUGUACGAUCGACAUUGAUGCUCCACGACUUCUCAAAAGGAUUGCUGGUGUGGACUACCUGUACUUUGUCCAGAGGAACACUCUGAACCGCAGAGACAGGACGCUCCACAUUGAGGUUCACAACGAGACCUUUUCCAACAGAGUCAUUGUCCGUGAGUGCUGCAACUACUCGGUUCAUCCAGAGAAUGAGGACUGGACGUGCUUUGAACAGACAGCUAGUCUGGAUAUCAAGUCCUUUUUUGGCUUUGAGAGCACAGCAGAGAAGAUAGCUAUGAAACAAUAUGCUGCUAGCAUUAAAAAGGGUAAAGAAAUUAUUGAAUACUACCUCAGAGAGCUGGAGGAGGAAGGAGUAACUUACAUACCUCGUUGGACACCCGCUGUUGUCUCUGGCGCUGCUGGUGCCGGGCUCCAGCUGCCGCCCCCCUCUACUGACCGAGCCAUCCCAGUGAACAAUGCCAAUGAUGAAGACCCGGCCUGUCCCACAGAGCUAGUGGCUGGCUCUCCUGAUGACAAGUUGGAUGCUGACUACAUCAGACGUUACCUAGGUGAUUUAACGCCUCUGCAGGAGAGCUGUCUUAUUCGACUGCGCCAGUGGCUCCAGGAAACCCACAAGGGCAAGAUUCCAAAGGAUCAGCAUGUGCUGCGCUUCCUGAGGGCCAGAGAUUUCAGCCUCGACAAGGCCAGGGAGCUUUUGUGCCAGUCUCUUACCUGGAGGAAACAACAUCAGGUGGACUUCCUGUUAGACACAUGGCAGCGGCCACAACUGCUUCAGGAAUAUUACACUGGAGGCUGGCACCACCAUGACAGAGAUGGACGUCCUCUGUAUAUAUUGCGUCUGGGACAAAUGGACACAAAGGGUUUGGUACGAGCCUUGGGGGAGGAGGCCCUUCUAAGACAGGUCCUGUCCAUCAAUGAGGAGGGACUGAGGCGUUGUGAAGAAAACACCAGAGUCUUCGGGCGACCUAUUAGCUGUUGGACUUGCCUGGUGGAUCUGGAGGGUCUUAACAUGCGUCACCUGUGGAGACCGGGUGUGAAGGCUCUGCUGAGAAUCAUCGAGGUGGUGGAAGCCAACUACCCCGAGACUCUGGGUCGCCUCCUCAUAUUGAGGGCGCCUCGAGUUUUUCCAGUGCUCUGGACCCUGGUCAGCCCCUUGAUUGAUGAGAACACUCGUAAGAAGUUCCUUGUUUAUGCUGGAAAUGACUACCAGGGUCCAGGAGGCCUGGUGGACUACAUUGACAGAGAGGUCAUCCCUGACUUCUUGGGAGGAGACUGCAUGUGUGACAUCCCUGAAGGAGGCAUGGUCCCCAAAUCUCUGUACAGGACAGCAGAGGAGCUGGAGAGUGAGGAGAACCGCCUGUUGACCGACUCCAUCUAUAAGAGUGCCAGUAUCUUCAAGGGAGCCCCAUAUGAGAUGCUGAUUGAGAUUACAGAGGCCUCCUCCGUCAUCACCUGGGACUUUGACGUAUGUAAAGGAGAUGUGGUCUUCAAUAUUUAUCAUUCCAAGAGGGCCCCUCAGCCCCCAAAGAAAGACACUCUUGGAGCCCAUGCCAUCACAUCCUUAGGGGCCAUCAAUGCCCAGCUGAUAGAUAGGAGCUGGGUGCUGGGCCAGGACUACAGCAUGGUGGAGAAAGCCCUCACUUGCAGGGAGGGAGAGAGUGUGCAGGGCUCCCACAUAACACGCUGGCCCGGCUUCUACAUCCUUCAGUGGCGUUUCCACAACUCCCCUGCCUGCACCGCCUCCAGCCUGCCUCGUGUGGAUGAUGUGCUGGCCUCACUGCAGGUCUCCUCCCACAAGUGUAAGAUCAUGUACUACACCGAGGUGCUGGCCUCCCAUGACUUCAGGGGAUCCAUGACCAGUCUGGAGUCUUGUCAUAGUGGUUUCUCACAGCUCAGUGCUGCCACUACUUCCUCUAGCCAAUCACAUGCCAGCUCCAUCUCACGGUAGCAUCUGCCCAAAAUGUGUCCCAAGGCAACAAUGACACUCUGCCUUACGUUCAAAAAGAUGAUGUUUUUUUAACUCAUAAAAGUAAAUUAGAAUUAAAUACAACGUUACAUUGAUCUUCUAUGUUUCUAGAGAAUGAUGUAGCCGUUUUUCCUGUGCCUGUGAUGAAUGACUUGUUACUUUUUGUGUGUAUUAUAUUUUCUGUAAAGUAUAACAAAUACAAAUGUGCAGUGUAUAUGUGAAAUGUCUAAUUUGUAGUUAGAUGCUUGUCCAUAAAGAUGACAUUACAGAAGACUAUCUGCUGGAUAAAUAAAUUCAAAAGUCUCAUAAACAACCUUUUUAGAUAAGAUGAGAUCAUGAGUGAAAAUAAAAAGCAACUGUCCCUGAAGUUGCUUUCAUUGUCCACAAGAUGUCAGUGCACUUUCAGAUCUGAACUGCUCUCAGAUCUGCAGAGUACUUAGCACUAAUGUUUGUACUCACACACUUUGUCUGGUCUCCUAAGAAAUCGAAAGCAGUCUUGUUUAAAUAAAGAAUUUAUCACAUAAAUUAA